UGGCCUCGGAGGGAUGUUGACGUGCGUUCAGCUCUCGUGCAUUUUAAGUGAAUUUUGUGUUCGUAUUUAGAUUUUUUACCUUAAUGAACCCUAAGGUAGUGGAUUAGGGAUACGUCUACCCAUUGGUGCUCCGAGUGGGUAAGGUUAAAAAGCAGAUCCUAUUAAAUAAGUGUGUGAAAUACCAUAUGCCAAGCCCCCCUGCGUAAAGCGAGUGUUGUGACGCAAAAUAUUGAAGAAAAACUAUUUUGAAUUGGAACAUUUUGUUGAUUAACUGUUAUAUAGGGAUCUUGUGACGGUGUUUUCAAUUGUGAAAAAGAGUGUUGGAGAAACCAUGGAAGACUCGAGCGAGGUGCUUGUGUGUGCUGCCGAAUAUAUUAAAGAUCGGCUCUACUUCGUGACCCUGAGGACCACGGGCCGCCCUCGCUCCACCGCCAACACCCACUACUUCUCCAUUGACGAUGAGCUGGUCUAUGAGAGCUUCUACGCCGACUUCGGCCCUCUCAACCUGGCCAUGCUGUACCGCUACUGCCAGAAGCUCAACAAGAAGCUAAAGGUAAGGCUUGGGUAUUUUGGUUGGGGCUGGUAA